GAACACUUCCGUAACAUCCUUCAAGGGCCGUCUUCUCGGCAUGGGCCAUGCACUUGUGCAUUCGCCAUUUGCGGCGGCGCCGCAAUCCCUUCGCGCAGCAGCUCAGGCACUGCUCGCUGGAGGGCCCUGACCGCCGGUGGCGCUUCUCCGGCGCUAGGCUUAGGUUCGUUCAGCGCCACCAUGCGGUCAUCUCCCCGAUCAGCACUGCCUUAGGGCAUGCCGGCUACAUCAUCGGGCUGCUUGAGUACGUGGUCACCGAGAUCUGGUGGCUGCGUGUGUGGGCCGUGUUGGGCUGUGGCCUGGUGGUGAGCUUCCAAGUGCUUCAGCCGCGAUGCCAAUGGUUGUCCGCAGGUUGGUGCUCUGUCUACGUGCUGGUGAAUCUCUUCCAGCUGCAUUGGUUCUCUCUGAGUCUGAUGGAGCCGACCCUCUCGGAUGAGGAGCAGAAGCUGUUCGAUCUUCUUGGGGACAUCGUUUCCGUCAGGGAGUUUGCAGACCUGGCUGGCUUCGGUGAGUGGAUCUCGCUUGCUCCCGGGGACUUGCUCUCAAAGCAGGGAAACGAAGUCACUCCGGAUGAUGCGCAGGCAAGAUUGUAUCUCAUCGCUGAAGGCUGCUGCGAGGUCUCCAUCGCAGGCCGGACUGUGGCCACGCUGCAUCCCGGAAGCUUGGUGGGGGAGGUGAGCUACCUCCUCCAGCAGAACAUGGAGCACUCCUCCUCUGCCACGGUCACAGCUAGGGAGGAGGUCCACUGCUUGGCGAUCCCCCUGCACGAGGUGCGGCAGCUGCUUCAGCGCCGCUCGGACCUGCAGCAGCCCUUCGUGCGGCUCUUGGCCAGGGACCUCCUCACCAAGGAGGCCGCAGUGAGCGACCAGGCUUUGGAGGACCGACGGUACAAGGCAGUGCUGGAAGUGGCAUGUCCCAUGGCGCGCCAGCCUGGCGUUGCGGAUGGCGUUGCCACGUACCGACGCCGGGAACCUGGCGAGGCCAGAACAGCAUCUCUGCAGAUGACCACAAGCGGCUGAUUGCCUCAGUGCCCCAGUGUCCAGUUGACGCCUUCGAGCCAAAGAUGCAGCCCAGAAGUGUAGGAGCAAGGCUUUGGUCCAGCAUAGCUGAGUCGAGCCGGCAGCGCGAC